AUGUCCGCUGGUAGUCGACCGGCUAGAGAUCGUAUUAGGAAGAACUACAGUUAUCUUGAGGACGAGCUGAGGUCUGAAGAAUAUGCAGGCGUGUUGUUUGAAAAAGAUUGUAUAUCUCAGCGUGAUAAAGACGAUCUGGAAGAUGGAAGAAAAUCACGACGCGAAAAAGCACACUUGUUAACCGAUAUUCUAUUACGGAAAUCUGAGCAAGUGAUCGAAACGUUCUUUGAGAUCCUCAGGAGCGAGAGAAGGAAACAGCCUCACAUCUACUAUCAUCUCUUUCCUGAACAUGCUCAUGAACAUGAACAACUCUCCAGACACUCACACACACAACAACAACAGUCCGAUAAUUCAAGCACUUAUAAGAAGACGACGGAGCAGACGAACGUUUUUGAUCAGUCUGGCAGGUGUAAACGUGAUGUUUCUGACAUGGUUACUGCAGGUACUUUGCAAGGGGGAAGAAGUGAGAUUAAUGUGCAGGCAUCGUCUAGUGGAGCAGCUGGCUUGUUGGCGUUCAGGGUACCCAGUACGGCUCCGCUUGAAGUGUUGACGACUGCGAUGGAGAUCGCUCGUGAUGUUGCCGUGGAAGGAAUUGCUAGAGGACACUCGUCUACUGUUGCUGGGUCAGAAGGUGGAGCUGCUGGUGGGUUUGCAGCCGUGGAAGUCUAUGUACCAAAAUAUGAAGCAAAAAGUGAUCUCAAAGGUUUGAUUCAUAAAGUUGUCAGUCUUUCGGUUGUUAGAAUAAGUGAAUUAGAGUUUGAAAUGGCACUGGAGUAUCCUUGGUGUUCUAAACCGAGUAGCAUGUUGACCAGUUGCAUGCCUUGUCUAUGCUCAUUUUCAUGGUCAAAUACAUCAUGUCCAGUACUUUCAGUUAUAAACUUCAAUUGCACUUAG